GAAAACAUUUCAAUUCCCGACCGUCUUCUCUCUCUCUCUCUCUCUCUUACACACAUACACACGCAGAGAGACACACGAACAAACGCAGAGAGGUUUCUCGAUCUACAAGGUUGUGGAUUUCUUCCUCCUCUCUCCCCCGUCCCCCAUCCGUCUUUCUCUUUGUUUGUGGUGUAUUCAAUCUGAUCCAUAGUUCUACUUAUCAGAUCUGAGAGUUGGGGAAUUUGGUGUUGGUGUUGUUUUGAUCGGAGAAAUGUUGACAAAGUUCGAGACGAAGAGUAAUAGAGUGAAGGGACUGAGUUUCCACAGUAAGAGACCGUGGAUCCUUGCCAGUCUUCACAGUGGUGUGAUCCAGCUAUGGGAUUACAGAAUGGGGACACUCAUAGACAAGUUUGAUGAGCAUGAUGGGCCUGUUCGCGGCGUUCAUUUUCACAAAUCUCAGCCCCUAUUCGUGUCUGGAGGUGAUGAUUACAAGAUUAAAGUUUGGAACUACAAAUUGCAUAGAUGUCUAUUUACUCUCCUUGGACACCUUGAUUACAUCCGUACUGUGCAGUUUCACCAUGAAUAUCCCUGGAUAGUGAGUUCGAGUGAUGACCAGACCAUCAGAAUCUGGAACUGGCAAUCACGCACUUGUAUUUCUGUCCUGACUGGCCACAAUCAUUAUGUAAUGUGUGCAUCAUUCCACCCCAAAGAAGACCUGGUUGUGUCAGCAUCCCUCGAUCAGACAGUUCGUGUCUGGGAUAUUGGUGCGCUGAGGAAGAAGACAGUGUCCCCUGCUGAUGAUAUUCUGCGUCUGAGUCAAAUGAACACUGAUCUUUUUGGUGCGGUUGAUGCUGUUGUUAAGUAUGUAUUGGAAGGCCAUGACCGUGGAGUCAACUGGGCUUCAUUUCAUCCUACCUUGCCUCUAAUUGUAUCUGGUGCUGAUGACCGUCAAGUGAAGUUGUGGCGGAUGAAUGACACGAAGGCUUGGGAGGUGGACACAUUAAGAGGGCAUAUGAAUAAUGUAUCAUGUGUUAUGUUUCAUGCGAAGCAAGAUAUAAUUGUUUCCAACUCGGAGGACAAGAGCAUUCGUGUGUGGGAUGUAACAAAGCGGACAGGUGUCCAAACUUUCCGCCGGGAACAUGAUCGAUUUUGGAUUCUUUCAUCUCACCCUGAGAUGAAUCUGCUGGCAGCUGGCCAUGAUAGUGGCAUGAUAGUGUUUAAGCUGGAGAGAGAAAGACCUGCCUUUUCAAGGGACACCCAAGUGAUUCCAAUUAGACGCCCUGGGUUUACCAGCCUAAAUCAAGGUCCAAGAACUCUUUCAUAUAGUCCUACUNUUUAUGAAUUUUCAUCUCAGAGGGACACCCAAGUGAUUCCAAUUAGACGCCCUGGGUCUACCAGCCUAAAUCAAGAUGGUGGAUCUUAUGAGCUCUAUGUUGUACCCAAGGAAAGCAUUAAUAGGGGUGAUACUGUGCCAGAGGCAAAAAGAGGUAUGGGAGGAUCAGCUAUUUUUGUGGCUCGAAAUCGUUUUGCUGUGCUUGACAAAAGCAGCAACCAAGUUCUCGUGAAGAACCUGAAGAACGAGAUUGUUAAGAAGAGUAGCCUCCCUAUCACUGCUGAUGCUAUUUUUUAUGCCGGAACAGGUAACCUUCUUUGUAGGGCAGAGGAUAGGGUGGUUAUAUAUGACCUCCAACAAAGGAUUGUUCUAGGUGAUCUUCAAACCCCUUUUGUCAAGUAUAUUGUCUGGUCGAAUGACAUGGAGAGCGUUGCCUUGCUCAGCAAGCACUCUAUAGUUAUUGCUAGUAAGAAGCUCGUGCAUCAGUGCACCCUUCACGAAACAAUUCGUGUAAAGAGUGGAGCCUGGGAUGACAAUGGGGUUUUUAUCUACACAACGCUGAAUCACAUCAAAUACUGCCUUCCCAAUGGUGAUAGUGGAAUAAUAAGGACCCUUGAUGUCCCGAUAUACAUGACAAAAGUGUCAGGAAAUAAGAUUUUUUGCUUGGAUCGAGAUGGUAAGAACAGGGUGAUUGUUAUUGAUGCAACAGAAUAUAUUUUCAAGCUGUCCUUGAUGAAGAAGAAAUAUGACCAUGUUAUGAGCAUGAUAAGGAACUCACAGCUUUGUGGCCAGGCAAUGAUUGCUUAUCUGCAGCAGAAGGGAUUCCCUGAAGUUGCUCUCCAUUUUGUGAAAGAUGAGAGAACUCGUUUCAAUCUGGCUUUGGAAAGUGGUAACAUUCAGAUUGCAGUUGCUUCGGCUAAGGAAAUUGACGAGAAGGAUCAUUGGUAUAGGUUGGGAGUUGAGGCUCUUCGCCAAGGCAAUGCUGGUAUUGUAGAGUAUGCCUACCAGAGAACAAAGAAUUUUGAGAGGUUAUCUUUCCUAUAUCUUAUAACGGGAAAUACAGAGAAGCUGUCCAAAAUGCUCAAAAUUGCUGAAGUCAAGAAUGAUGUUAUGGGCCAGUUCCAUAAUGCGCUAUAUUUGGGUGAUGUUCGAGAGCGUAUUAAGAUUUUGGAAAAUGCUGGUCAUUUGCCGCUUGCUUAUAUCACUGCUUCAGUCCAUGGGCUACAGGAUGUUGCUGAACGGCUUGCAAUAGAGUUGGGAGAUAGUGUUCCCAUCUUGCCGAAGGGCAAGGAACCUUCCCUUCUGAUGCCUCCGGCGCCCGUUUUGUGUGGUGGAGAUUGGCCCCUCUUGAGAGUCAUGAGAGGCAUUUUUGAGGGUGGGCUUGAUAAUAUUGGCAAGGGUGCCGCUGAUGAAGAGGAAGAGGCUGCUGAUGCUGAUUGGGGUGAAGAAUUGGAUAUGGUUGAUGUGGAUGUCUUACAGAAUGGGGAUAUUGAAGCAGUUUUGGAGGAUGGGGAAGUUCCUGAAGAAAAUGAGGAAGAGGGAGGAUGGGAACUUGAGGAUUUGGAACUUCCUCCUGAGGCAGAUACUCCAAAGGCUUCUAUCAAUUCCCGCUCCUCUGUCUUUGUGGUCCCAACUCCUGGCAUGCCUGUUAGCCAAAUUUGGACUCAGAAAUCUUCUCUUGCUGCUGAACAUGCGGCAGCUGGUCAUUUUGACACUUCAAUGCGGCUGUUGAGCCGGCAACUUGGAAUAAGAAACUUUACUCCUUUGAGAUCCAUGUUUCUUGACCUUCACGCUGGAAGCCAUACUUAUCUGCGUGCAUUUUCAUCUGCUCCAGUGUUAACAAUGACGGUUGAACGGGGUUGGAGUGAGUCUUCCAGCCCUAAUGUACGGGGCCCGCCAGCUCUUGUGUUCAAUUUCUCUCAGUUGGAAGAGAAAUUGAAAGCUGGUUACAAAGCUACAACAGCUGGAAAAUUCACCGAGGCUCUUCAGCUGUUCCUCAAUAUUCUGCAUACAAUUCCUUUGAUUGUUGUUGAAUCAAGAAGGGAGGUUGAUGAAGUAAAGGAAUUGAUUAUUAUAGUUAAGGAGUAUGUUUUGGGUCUUCAAUUGGAGCUCAAGAGAAGGGAACUUGAGGAUGAUCCAGUGCGCCAGCAGGAGCUUGCUGCUUAUUUCACCCACUGCAACCUUCAAAUGCCUCACUUGAGGCUGGCAUUGCAAAAAGCAAUGGUGGUAUGUUUCAAGGCAAAGAACCUUAGUACAGCUGCCAACUUUGCCAGGCGGCUCCUGGAGACCAACCCUACCAUUGAAAGCCAAGCAAAGGCAGCCCGCCAAGUGCUCCAGGCUGCUGAGAAGAACAUGAGAGAUGCGUCUCAGCUGAACUACGAUUUCAGAAAUCCAUUUGUGAUCUGUGGAGCGACAUAUGUUCCCAUCUAUCGAGGACAGAAAGAUGUAUCAUGUCCAUACUGCAGUUCCCGUUUUGUGCCAAGCCAGGAAGGCCAGCUCUGUACUGUUUGUGAUCUUGCUGUAGUCGGGGCAGAUGCUUCAGAUCUGAGAGUUGGGGAAUUUGGUGUUGGUGUUGUUUUGAUCGGAGAAAUGUUGACAAAGUUCGAGACGAAGAGUAAUAGAGUGAAGGGACUGAGUUUCCACAGUAAGAGACCGUGGAUCCUUGCCAGUCUUCACAGUGGUGUGAUCCAGCUAUGGGAUUACAGAAUGGGGACACUCAUAGACAAGUUUGAUGAGCAUGAUGGGCCUGUUCGCGGCGUUCAUUUUCACAAAUCUCAGCCCCUAUUCGUGUCUGGAGGUGAUGAUUACAAGAUUAAAGUUUGGAACUACAAAUUGCAUAGAUGUCUAUUUACUCUCCUUGGACACCUUGAUUACAUCCGUACUGUGCAGUUUCACCAUGAAUAUCCCUGGAUAGUGAGUUCGAGUGAUGACCAGACCAUCAGAAUCUGGAACUGGCAAUCACGCACUUGUAUUUCUGUCCUGACUGGCCACAAUCAUUAUGUAAUGUGUGCAUCAUUCCACCCCAAAGAAGACCUGGUUGUGUCAGCAUCCCUCGAUCAGACAGUUCGUGUCUGGGAUAUUGGUGCGCUGAGGAAGAAGACUGUGUCCCCUGCUGAUGAUAUUCUGCGUCUGAGUCAAAUGAACACUGAUCUUUUUGGUGCGGUUGAUGCUGUUGUUAAGUAUGUAUUGGAAGGCCAUGACCGUGGAGUCAACUGGGCUUCAUUUCAUCCUACCUUGCCUCUAAUUGUAUCUGGUGCUGAUGACCGUCAAGUGAAGUUGUGGCGGAUGAAUGACACGAAGGCUUGGGAGGUGGACACAUUAAGAGGGCAUAUGAAUAAUGUAUCAUGUGUUAUGUUUCAUGCGAAGCAAGAUAUAAUUGUUUCCAACUCGGAGGACAAGAGCAUUCGUGUGUGGGAUGUAACAAAGCGGACAGGUGUCCAAACUUUCCGCCGGGAACAUGAUCGAUUUUGGAUUCUUUCAUCUCACCCUGAGAUGAAUCUGCUGGCAGCUGGCCAUGAUAGUGGCAUGAUAGUGUUUAAGCUGGAGAGAGAAAGACCUGCCUUUUCAGUGAGUAGUGAUUCUAUGUUCUAUGCUAAGGAUCGGUUUCUGCGGUUUUAUGAAUUUUCAUCUCAGAGGGACACCCAAGUGAUUCCAAUUAGACGCCCUGGGUCUACCAGCCUAAAUCAAGGUCCAAGAACUCUUUCAUAUAGUCCUACCGAAAAUGCUGUGCUUAUCUGCUCUGAUACAGAUGGUGGAUCUUAUGAGCUCUAUGUUGUACCCAAGGAAAGCAUUAAUAGGGGUGAUACUGUGCCAGAGGCAAAAAGAGGUAUGGGAGGAUCAGCUAUUUUUGUGGCUCGAAAUCGUUUUGCUGUGCUUGACAAAAGCAGCAACCAAGUUCUCGUGAAGAACCUGAAGAACGAGAUUGUUAAGAAGAGUAGCCUCCCUAUCACUGCUGAUGCUAUUUUUUAUGCCGGAACAGGUAACCUUCUUUGUAGGGCAGAGGAUAGGGUGGUUAUAUAUGACCUCCAACAAAGGAUUGUUCUAGGUGAUCUUCAAACCCCUUUUGUCAAGUAUAUUGUCUGGUCGAAUGACAUGGAGAGCGUUGCCUUGCUCAGCAAGCACUCUAUAGUUAUUGCUAGUAAGAAGCUCGUGCAUCAGUGCACCCUUCACGAAACAAUUCGUGUAAAGAGUGGAGCCUGGGAUGACAAUGGGGUUUUUAUCUACACAACGCUGAAUCACAUCAAAUACUGCCUUCCCAAUGGUGAUAGUGGAAUAAUAAGGACCCUUGAUGUCCCGAUAUACAUGACAAAAGUGUCAGGAAAUAAGAUUUUUUGCUUGGAUCGAGAUGGUAAGAACAGGGUGAUUGUUAUUGAUGCAACAGAAUAUAUUUUCAAGCUGUCCUUGAUGAAGAAGAAAUAUGACCAUGUUAUGAGCAUGAUAAGGAACUCACAGCUUUGUGGCCAGGCAAUGAUUGCUUAUCUGCAGCAGAAGGGAUUCCCUGAAGUUGCUCUCCAUUUUGUGAAAGAUGAGAGAACUCGUUUCAAUCUGGCUUUGGAAAGUGGUAACAUUCAGAUUGCAGUUGCUUCGGCUAAGGAAAUUGACGAGAAGGAUCAUUGGUAUAGGUUGGGAGUUGAGGCUCUUCGCCAAGGCAAUGCUGGUAUUGUAGAGUAUGCCUACCAGAGAACAAAGAAUUUUGAGAGGUUAUCUUUCCUAUAUCUUAUAACGGGAAAUACAGAGAAGCUGUCCAAAAUGCUCAAAAUUGCUGAAGUCAAGAAUGAUGUUAUGGGCCAGUUCCAUAAUGCGCUAUAUUUGGGUGAUGUUCGAGAGCGUAUUAAGAUUUUGGAAAAUGCUGGUCAUUUGCCGCUUGCUUAUAUCACUGCUUCAGUCCAUGGGCUACAGGAUGUUGCUGAACGGCUUGCAAUAGAGUUGGGAGAUAGUGUUCCCAUCUUGCCGAAGGGCAAGGAACCUUCCCUUCUGAUGCCUCCGGCGCCCGUUUUGUGUGGUGGAGAUUGGCCCCUCUUGAGAGUCAUGAGAGGCAUUUUUGAGGGUGGGCUUGAUAAUAUUGGCAAGGGUGCCGCUGAUGAAGAGGAAGAGGCUGCUGAUGCUGAUUGGGGUGAAGAAUUGGAUAUGGUUGAUGUGGAUGUCUUACAGAAUGGGGAUAUUGAAGCAGUUUUGGAGGAUGGGGAAGUUCCUGAAGAAAAUGAGGAAGAGGGAGGAUGGGAACUUGAGGAUUUGGAACUUCCUCCUGAGGCAGAUACUCCAAAGGCUUCUAUCAAUUCCCGCUCCUCUGUCUUUGUGGUCCCAACUCCUGGCAUGCCUGUUAGCCAAAUUUGGACUCAGAAAUCUUCUCUUGCUGCUGAACAUGCGGCAGCUGGUCAUUUUGACACUUCAAUGCGGCUGUUGAGCCGGCAACUUGGAAUAAGAAACUUUACUCCUUUGAGAUCCAUGUUUCUUGACCUUCACGCUGGAAGCCAUACUUAUCUGCGUGCAUUUUCAUCUGCUCCAGUGUUAACAAUGACGGUUGAACGGGGUUGGAGUGAGUCUUCCAGCCCUAAUGUACGGGGCCCGCCAGCUCUUGUGUUCAAUUUCUCUCAGUUGGAAGAGAAAUUGAAAGCUGGUUACAAAGCUACAACAGCUGGAAAAUUCACCGAGGCUCUUCAGCUGUUCCUCAAUAUUCUGCAUACAAUUCCUUUGAUUGUUGUUGAAUCAAGAAGGGAGGUUGAUGAAGUAAAGGAAUUGAUUAUUAUAGUUAAGGAGUAUGUUUUGGGUCUUCAAUUGGAGCUCAAGAGAAGGGAACUUGAGGAUGAUCCAGUGCGCCAGCAGGAGCUUGCUGCUUAUUUCACCCACUGCAACCUUCAAAUGCCUCACUUGAGGCUGGCAUUGCAAAAAGCAAUGGUGGUAUGUUUCAAGGCAAAGAACCUUAGUACAGCUGCCAACUUUGCCAGGCGGCUCCUGGAGACCAACCCUACCAUUGAAAGCCAAGCAAAGGCAGCCCGCCAAGUGCUCCAGGCUGCUGAGAAGAACAUGAGAGAUGCGUCUCAGCUGAACUACGAUUUCAGAAAUCCAUUUGUGAUCUGUGGAGCGACAUAUGUUCCCAUCUAUCGAGGACAGAAAGAUGUAUCAUGUCCAUACUGCAGUUCCCGUUUUGUGCCAAGCCAGGAAGGCCAGCUCUGUACUGUUUGUGAUCUUGCUGUAGUCGGGGCAGAUGCUUCAGUUGAAACGUUCUUGUUGAUACAUUCUUCUGUGCCGGCACAGCCAUUCGAAGAUGUUCGUUUGAGCCAUCAGUUAGGUAACUGUCUGGGACUGGGGCCAUUGAAAGUUAGUGCAG